AUGGCGGGGGAGCCGGCAGCAAAGGCCAACUCGCCUCUCAAAAUCUUCGCUCCAUCCGCCGCUCCGCAUCCUACAGGCUCAUCGGUCAACCCCAAUCCUUCCUCUCUCCCGUCCCACGGCUCCCCCACCAGCAAGCAUGAUCUCCCCGCGCCCCGCGCUCUCCCCGCGCUUCCUCGCCUUCCGGCCCGGCUCCCCGGCCGCGUCGCCGCCGCCGUCCCCGCGCCUCCACGCGCCGCCGCCCCUCUCCGCCUCCUUCUCCUCCACCGUCGCCACCGCGGCGCCGGGCCACGCGGCGGCCAGCUCCUUCUACGACGUCCUCGACCUCCGCCCGGGGGCCCAGCGCGGGAGAUCAAGGCCGCGUACCGCCGCCUGGCGCUCGCCGUCCACCCGGACGCCGCCGCCCCGCAGCACCCCGCCGCCUCCUCCGCCGAGGACUUCAUCCGCGUCCACGCGGCCUACUCCACUCUCUCCGACCCCGACAAGCGCGCCGACUACGACCGCCGCCGCCUCCUCUCCGCCGCCGCCGCCGUGGGACCGCGCACCGUCGCUCUCGGGCGCUCGCCCUCGUUCCCCGCGCACCGUUCCCGCCGGACCUGGGAGACCGACCAGUGCUGGUGA